CCCUAGUUUGUAUCUAUAUGAAGGUAAAUAAAUGAUAACAGAAUUUAAAUUUUUGGCUGACCUAUUGCAUGAAGCUGUGUUUUGGACAUCAUUAAACAGUGAAUUGAAACUGUUAAAAACUCUUUUAAACUGUUAUUUUUUUAUGCUUCAACUGAUGAUGCCUAUGUUCAUACGAUAUGCCUAUUAUAAUACCUUUGAUUUGUGAACUUUGUAUGAUCUUCGACUGUAAUAUUUUGAUCAUGGACUGUGGGGUGAAUAGGUCAGAUGUGCUUCCUAAAUACCAAAUUAUUCACUGUAAUUUAGUCAUUUUGUUCAUGAAAACCAUAAUUAACACAGAUCACAUCGGACCUUUUCCUGUCUUUUUAAUAAGGAUAAUAACAUCCUGUAAGUGAACAGACUUAAGUGACCUACAUACACUGCCGCUUUUGUGAACUUCUGCUUGUUUCCUUUCCUCUACGACCUUCACACGCUAUGCCUUUGGUUUCCUCUCUGUUCAUGUAACCUACAUCGUCUUGAUAUGAUCUUGUGGUUGAUUUGGAUCAUUUGAUUUAUGUUUUUCAGAGCACUAUAUUAGUGUGUGUGUGUGUGUGUAUGGUGUAAGAUGAGCCAUUUGUUACUUAUAUGGUCCUCAACAGUUUGUGGAAUAAAAUUAAAUAAAAACUGAUUUAGAAUCAAGGAAUAAAUGUCACUGAAACUAAUAAACAUUUUAUUCAAAAUAUUCAUGGCAUAGUAGCUUUUCUGCAAUGCUGAACAGACAAUUAGGGACUACACAUGAAAAGAUAUGUGACACAACAAGUACAGAAGGAGAAGACUCAGAGGUAACAUCAACAACAAAGUGUUUAUUCACAUGUAUUUCAGAGAAGCAGCAUGGUAAACAGGUGAGUAUAAAAUGCAAUGAAUAUAGAAAGCACUUAGCUUGAGCGUAAACAGUUUGUUGCAGGUGCUGGCGGGUGUGUGGUGAAUGCUUAGUGAAGACUGGACCUGAAGACUGACUGAAGACAGGAAAGUAUCCAAGAAAAAAGCAGGGAAUUUCAGAGAAGCAGCGUGGUAAACAGGUGAGUAUAUAAUUCAAUGAAGAUAGAAAGCACUAGUGAUGUUACGCUCAACACGGAAGAUCCGAAGCUUGUAUAAAAAAAACAACAACACAUUUCACAUCAAAGCACUGUAUCGGAGCUUGAUUCGUUUUGACAAAAGCACAUGAUCUAUGACAUUUGAAGCUUCGUUUGUCUGAAAACCACAUGCCUGCUUUAGUAUCUGGUUCAAACGACAUGAACCACUGGUGAACUGCAUUUUUUUUCAAUAUCGUAAUUAAAUAUUAAGCUCAAAUGAACUUUGCCUAUGAAAUAACCGGACUGAGGCAGAGUUAAACUAGACAGAUUGCGGAUUUAAUUUAUGAAUUUAUGUUUCAUUUAUUUUACUUAUUUUACUGCCAGUACACCGAUACAUUAUUUAGAUACAAUAAAAUAAAACAGAAUCAGUUGUAGAACCAGAUGUGAAACCAGCUGCUGUAAUGGACCACCGCAAUUUGGAAGGUGUUACUCAUUUUCAUGACCACUAGAUCAUGGCCACAACAUAAACCGUGUUGAAAAGCUUUGAGUAAUGAACCUUUUUCCGAUACAAUUGUGUUGAAAGCUUAAGUGGUUCAGAACGCUUCACUUCACCAUCACUAGAAAGCACUUGAGCAUAAACAGUUCUUUGUUGCAGGUGCUGGCGGGUGUGUGGUGAAGGCUUAGUGAAGACUGGAACUGAAGACUGACUGAAGACAGAAGAGGAUCGCAUCAGAAAGCCUCAGUUAAUGGUGAAGAAAGAGCAACCCUCGUCUAUCUCUGAUGAUCUAAUGGCAGACCAAAGAAUGGACAUAACUUCCACGAUGAAUGAGUUCAUGUCUCCCAGUUCCACUGACCUGAUCAGCAGCUCAAUGGGAAUGCCGGGCAUGGACUACACCCGCAAGAGGAAGGGCAGCAUCACCGACUAUCAAAUUGAUGGAUUUUCAUUUGAAUCUGAGGCUUCAUGGAUGAGAUUCCUCAUCCCAAUCUCACAGCUCACACAAACCGCUGAGAGUGAAUGGCACAGUAUGGACAUAGACAAGGACAAACAACUUGGAAGGGUUGAUCAGCAGAUUAAAAAUGCAAGGGACGCUCACAGUCAGAUAGAAAAGAGACGCAGAGACAAGAUGAACAGCUUUAUUGAUGAGCUGGCUUCAUUAGUGCCUACCUGCAACGCCAUGUCCCGCAAGCUGGACAAACUCACGGUGCUGCGCAUGGCGGUCCAGCAUAUGAAAACACUUCGAGGUGCUGCAAACCCUUAUACUGAAGCUAACUACAAGCCAGCUUUUUUAUCAGAAGAUGAGCUGAAGCACUUAAUAUUAAGGGCUGCUGACGGUUUUCUGUUCGUUGUGGGCUGUGAUCGGGGAAAGAUCCUUUUUGUGUCAGAGUCUGUCUACAAAAUUUUAAAUUACAGUCAGAAUGACCUGAUUGGCCAGAGUUUGUUCGAUUAUUUGCAUCCUAAAGACAUUGCAAAAGUCAAAGAGCAGCUCUCAUCUUCUGACACAGCCCCACGCGAAAGACUCAUCGAUGCUAAAAGACUCACACUACCAGAUUUGCAACCCACAGAGUAUGUCUCACGCCAUACCAUUGAUGGGAAGUUUGUCUUUGUGGACCAAAGGGCCACAGCCAUUCUAGCUUAUCUACCUCAAGAGAUGCUGGGCACGUCGUUCUAUGAGUAUUUCCACCAGGAUGACAUCGGACAUCUUGCUGAAUGCCAUAGACAGGUGCUGCAGAUGAGAGAGAAGAUCAACACCAACUGUUACAAGUUCAAGAUUAAAGAUGGCUCUUUUAUAACUUUAAGAAGUCGCUGGUUCAGUUUCAUGAACCCUUGGACCAAAGAAGUAGAGUACAUUGUCUCGACUAAUACAGUCGUCUCAGGCAGUUCUCUUGAUGGAGCAGAGCCUGGUUAUCCUCAGCUCACUGCUUCCCCCCAGAGUAUGGACAGCAUCCUUACAGCUGGUGACAGCUCAGGGAAGACUGUCCCUGGAAUCCCUGGAGGCACAAGACCCGGAGCAGGAAAGAUUGGCCGCAUGAUCGCUGAGGAAGUGAUAGAGAUACAAAGGAUAAGAGGCUCAUCGCCCUCUAGUUGUGGCUCAAGUCCCCUCAACAUCACCAACAGCACACCCCCUCCUGACACAUCCUCGCUGGAGGGCAGGAAGAUUUCAAAUGGUGGAACUCCAGACAUUCCUUCAGCAGGGAUGGUGUCGGGCCAGGACAGCAUAGGAUAUCCUUACUCUAACAGCUCGAUUUUAAGUGAUCAUUCACACAUCGGUAUCGGUGACAUCAUGGAUGAGCCGGGCUCCAGCAGUGAUGAGGCUGCCAUGGCGAUCAUCAUGAGCCUGCUGGAGGCGGACGCAGGUCUGGGAGGUCCCGUAGACUUCAGUGACCUGCCCUGGCCACUGUGAGAGUCCUGAAGGAGACUGUCACAGAUCAUGUGUACAAUCCAUCUCAACCGCGUUCAAACCAGCUAUGACCCUGACAAUCUUUUUGGUGUCAUUGCAUUUGUUUUUGUCAUGGUGCCUCAGGUAACUCCACCCACAGCAAAAUCGUAUUGGUCCACAACCUCAUUCCACAGCUGUAUGUUCAAAUGUGCCAAAUGUAGACUGUAAAAAAAGAUGGAUGACACAUCUCCACUUUGUUCUGCUGUAGAAAAGUGACGGCAAAAAAUCCCAUUAUGGCCACUGUCAUCUUGCAGAAAUGACAUCAUUCUGAGACCGAUUUUGCACAGUAGUGAUUCGUUUGGAGCCCGUGUUUGCAAAGUACUGAUCGUGAGGUGGAGCUGCGGUAUCAAAGUUCCUCGCAAAUUCCCGUAGGCCCAAUCGCAAGCUCACACUCCCGUUUUUAACGAACCAUCAAAUAAUGAACUAAAAGCAAGCUAAAUAGAAAAAUGAACACACACAAAACUACCUGAAAUGAUGGAAACCAUCUUGGGGAAAAGUUUAUUUUAAGUGUAAUUCGAUUUUUAUUUUUUUAGUUUGGCUUAAGUCCCAUUCGUUUACAUCGGCUUCACUUUUCAGGACGUGUGCGGCACACGGUGUCAAAUAGGUGAUACUGUCAUUAUUUCACUUUCAUUGAGGACAAAAAUUGGUUUAUAGCACCUGGUUGGGACACAAUCUUCUUGCAACACACCAUUAUCAGUGCUGGUACGGUAUCUAAGGAUAUUGUUUCAGUCUACAGAAUGGAGCACUUAAUGCCAAACAACUAAAUGCCACAAAUCCUGUUGGGCUUACAGAUGUUUUUUUUUUUAUAUCCACCUCUUUUUUUUUUUUUUUUUUUUGUAUUUCUGCAUAUUUGCUUACUAAUCCAAUUUUGGUGAUCCAUGUGAAUUGUAGCCUCAGGCCACAAACAAUGAAUUGAUUUAGACAUUAUAUUCUCUGCAAGUAUAAAAUGUGCAUAUUUUUUUUCGUUGAGAUCUGCUUUUAAACUGAAUACCAAGUAUUCCUAAACUUGAUUGCUAUGUAAAAUGGCUCUAGCUUAUUGUAUUGCAAUGUAUAUUGUUUCUCAAAUCCUCUGCAUCUAUUCUGUAACUGGAACUAUUUUUAUCCCAUGUGUUACACGAUCAUAACAGUUUCUAUUAUAAUCUUUCCCAUCAGCGAAACACCAAAAGCAACCAAAAAUUAAACUUCAUGUCAAACGCUGUACAUUAUAUUAUAUAUCUUUAUUAAUACAAUGAUUUUCAAGCACUUGAACAGACAGAUCUUGAGCAGAUAAAUUAAUGUCGAUCCCAAAAAAAACACGGCAUUUGUUCACCAGGCAAAUGGACCUCCUGAGGAGACACAUGAGCUUUGAGGAGAUCAAGAGGAGAGCUUUCCAAAAGAACCCAACCCAAAUGCAUCAAAUGAAAAGAACAUCAAAAUGAUAAUAAUUAAACUCAUUGCAGUAAUAUAGUAAAAUGGAAAAGACCAAUAGUAAUAAUAGUUAUAAUCAUAUAAUACGCCCAAUUACAAAAUAAGUGAGGUUGCAAACUUCAUUUCAAACAAACAAAAAUACAUUUCCUUUGGUCAAGUAAAAAAAAAAAAA